AUGAUGCAUUCAGCAUUGGCUUUGUCACUCCUGCUAAUCGCAGUCUCUUCCAACCUCGCGAUGGCAAUCAAAAAGGAAAAAAGAGCUCCCCAGACACUGUCGAGAGGCUGGGGAGAUGAUAUUACUUGGGUGCAAACUUAUGAAGAAGGGCUUUUUCAAGCAAGAAAAAGUAACAAACCACUGAUGGUCAUUCAUCAUCUGGAGGACUGUCAAUACUGCCAAGCACUGAAGAAGGUUUUUUCAGAAAAUGAGGAAAUACAAGAAAUGGCUCAAAAUAACUUCAUCAUGCUAAAUCUCAUGCAUGAAACCACUGAUAAGAACUUGUCACCUGAUGGGCAAUAUGUACCUCGAAUCAUGUUUGUAGACCCCUCUCUCACAGUAAGAGCUGAUAUCACGGGAAGAUACUCUAAUCGACUCUAUACUUACGAACCACAAGACAUACCAUUGUUGAUAGAGAACAUGAAGAAAGCAUUACGCCUCAUUCAGACCGAACUGUAA